AUGGUGGGUUUACCGCACCCGGCGGGUAUUGCGACAAGAUUUCGGGUAAACUAUCGACCAUGGACCCGGGAUGAGAGGGCGGUCGUCUCCAGGGUAAUUUUCACAAGGGACUAUAGAGAUAGAGAAGUUCCAUCCGACGCUCAUUUCCGCGCGGUGUUAGUGCUCCAAAGGAAUUUGGAAGAACAAUUGUCGAUGGGAUUCGACCAGUUUGUGCGAACAGCACCGAGACCAAGUGAAAACGACGUAGUAAUAGUGAGGUCAACGUGGCGUACCCAGAAAUGAGAGCCAAGUGUUAUAUAUUGUUGUUACCGAUGUAUAUGGCACAAAAAUACUCGUCAGUGGGUCGUUUUGAGGAGGUUGGAGAUGGAUGUCCAUAUUUGGCUGGACCAUCAGCGGAGCAUUUGAAUUUGUUAUGAACAGGGUAUGUGCGUAAGAGGAUAACUGUUAGAGUAUGAUAAGUCUUUUGGUUAUUGUAUUGGAUUAUUUUAUUGGAUUACACACACAGUUUAAGCUACGCUGAUAUCAUAUGGAUUCUACACCCCUAUUCGUUCACCACCAAUGUUAUAUGUCUUACAUGCCUCGGCAUGACCUACGCUUAUGUCACCGUAUAUCUACUAGCAACUCGUUUAUUCAAUUUGAAUUUGGUAGACUUCUUUCUAAAGCGAUGGAGGAGUCAGAGGUUCUUCUACGUGUGCACGCCCACUGGAAAGGAUGGAUUGUCAAGAAGAGAAUAGAGAUCAGAUGGAUUAUUUCGGAGACAUGGAUUGGGUGCCCUAUCAAGUAGAUAAUUUGUGUGUGUGUGUGUACAAUAAAUAUAGUAAUGUAUCUCAUCGGACAAUUUUACUUUGAACUUAAGGGAUUUGCCCUCAUAUAUUCACAAAACCUCGUUCCGACCAGAAGGCAGGACCCUUCAGCCAACGGCGAGAAAAUUCUAGGGCCACAAAGCGCCCCGUUGCCCAAUCUGCAAUGGAUCCGCAGCGACCGGAGCAGGAAGAAGAAGAAAGAAGAGUGCCGCUCUUACGGCUCUGGAAGCCCAAAAUAUGAUCAGCGGAUCACAGCAACUCGUUGA